CGGAGCUCAGGGCGGACGGGAGGACAGCGGCUUCACCGGUCAGCCAUGGAGGAUGCGGCCCGUGGUCGCCAGCGUCUGAUUUGCCAUCCGGCCCACGCUCAUUUUAAUGGGAUUUACCGCUGAUCGCAAAAGCAAGCCGGGACAACCCACCACCUGACACUUGAGGGGAGGAAAACGCGAAGCGGACCCCACGUCAAUGACUGUUGCGGCAGAGGAGCCCCCACGGUGGAGUCGGCCGGUUCCCAAAAUAUGACCAGGGGUGCUGGGACGUGUUGGCAGCAAGAAGAUGACGACGGCUUCCAAAUCUGGCUAGAGCCCCCCCGCGACAACCAAAAGCCAUUCACCGACUCAGAGAGGGCGCAGAGAUGGCGACUGUCCUUGGCAUCCCUCUUGUUCUUAACCAUCCUCCUCUCUGAUCACCUGUGGUUCUGCGCUGAGGCCAAGCUGGCCCGGACCCGGGUCAAGUUCGCAUCCUCCCACCUCCUCUCACCCCAGACCCACUCAGCACACAGCAGCCUCAGAGGAAACCCAGAUGCUAUUUUUAUAGGAAACUCUACCAAACAUUUGUGGCGGCUCGAAACUUGCCACCAGGAUAGUUUAUCUAAAAACUGCUUCGCUUUCGCAGAUGCCGACCAUUUGUGCGGGGGCCUUUCCGACAAAGAGGGGACGCGGGCUGUAAAUAUGAGCGAUUUGUACCUCUCCUUUUGUAACUCCUACUCUCUGCUGGAUUUGUUUUACGGGUCGACAAGUCCGGACAAUUUGAACUGCAGCCUCGACGUGCUCGGCGACGGCGACACCACCAGAUGCAGCCUGUGCGUCCAGGCGUACCAGCGCUACGACCAGCACGCCCAGGAGAAGUACGAGGACUUUGAGCUCCUGACUCAGAAAUAUGAGCCGGGGGCAUAUUCAGUGAGGACGUGCAUGGAGCAGUGCAAGACGGCCUAUAAGCCCUGGCUGUGCGCUCAGUAUUUCCCCACCACCCAGCAGUCCUGUCAGAAGAGGGUACCGUGCCACCAGUACUGCCUGGAGGUCCAGCAAAGCUGUCCGUUCAUCCUGCCCGACAACGAUGACCUGAUCCACGGCGGCAGCCCCAGCUUCAUCUGCACAGGGCUCUUGGGAGAUCAUCUAUCAGACAGUGAGGCGGAGUGCUGCGACGUCCGAUGGGACUCCAAAAUGGACAACCCUUCAGGCGGGACACUAAAAAGGACUGCUUCUUCCUGCCAGCCCGAGGGGGCCUCGGUCACCUCCGCUGCCAACCCGAGACUGUGCAGCGGGCGGCUGAAGAUCUGCCUGCUGGCCCUCGUCCUCCUACACACUGUCAUCAUCAUUUCGGCCUCCCAUAAUUCUACGUUGGUGGGCGUGGCUGCCAUUUUCUCGCCGGAGGAGAGCGCUUCGAACGAGGAGUGA